AUGGCUUCGCCACAACACAAUCUGAAUUCACAAGAACUUCAACCAUACGGGGAAGAUGUCUUUGAUGAAUUCCUCGACCUAGAUUUCCUGAGAAACAACAACGCCAUGGAAGAAGAAGUUGACAUUGACGCAAUGUCAAAUUCUGACCUGUUUAGAUAUUUUUUAGAAGGAGAAUUAGUCAAAGAUGCUCCGGCAAUGUCGACUGAAGAUUUAAAAUUAGGUGUGUUGACAACACCCACACCGUUGACUCCGGUCUCGCCGUUCGCCGACAUGAAUGAAAUUACACAACAGCCAUCAUCACAGCAAACUAUAACUAACACAGCUUCCGUUGCGCCAUCUUUGGCCGUAUUGAAUGCACAGUUGGCCGAGUUGCUGGCAAAAUUGCCCCUAAUAAAACAAGAACCGAUAACUGAUAAUAAGUUAAAAUCAUCUAUGGAAUUGCAAAUUCCUAAAACAAUAUCCAAUUCACGUAGUGGCGGUAGUAGUAUCGCAUCACCAAGCUCACCACCACCCACACAGAAUAACCAACACCACAGUAGCACUUCAACAGAAACAAGAAACGACGUUGAUCUUAAAAAAUUAACUUCGAAAGAAAGAAGACAACUUCGUAAUAAGAUUUCCGCAAGAAAUUUCCGUGUUCGAAGAAAAGAAUAUAUCUCCAAUUUAGAGUCUACUAAUCAACAACAAGAAGAAGAAAUUAAUUUACUUCGACAAGCCCUUACCCAUCUACAAGAGGAGAACUCAAAAUUACAAGAAGAAGUAAAAGAACUACGCAAGCAACAGAAAAAACAAUCAAAUACAUCAUAUGCUGCAUCGUCCCCUCAUCUUACUCCAAAAGAUGUCAGCAACGGUGUAAACUUGGCCCUUCUCAAAAAUAAUAAUGUCAGCAAUAAUACUCGAUCGUCAUCCUCGUCAUCAUCUUCCAAUAAUAAUCGCCUCCUUGUUAUCCCGAAUAUCAACAAAGACACGCCGUCAUCACCAUCUCAAUCACAACCGAAAUGGGGAGAUACCCGAGUUCGAGUCCAGACGACAUUUAUUCCGGAAUUUAGUCUUGACAAGCAGAUGUUUAUGGAUAAAUCACCAAAUUAUUCCAAUUAUUUUGGAUACAACCCUUCGCCCGCGUCUUCAAUGUUUGUCGGUGAAGAUGGACAGAUGACGUGGAUAGCCUAUUUAUUAUUCUCAACACUCGCACAACAAAUAUCUUCCCUAUUCAACCAGAAUGAAGAAGAAUUUUUAAUUUCGAGCAUUGAGCAAGAACGAGAAAAUGAAGACGUUAAUGAUAAUAUCGAGGCAUCGUCAUCUUCAUCUUUACUUGAUAAUAACUUGUUAGUUGAAAAUGCCAAAGAAGCAUCUGUUCUUGAUUGGUUGUACGAUACGAUGGUGCGACAUGUCGUGGAGCAAAGUCAAGUCGAGGCGAGAAUGCAUGAAUUACAAAGCGAUUGGGUGGGCGAUGAUGAGUUGGAAGAUAAUGUCUUACCUUAUCUCUUUUAA